UCCUAGACUUCGGGUAAAUAUUUGAGCUUUCUGUUUUGAACAAUAAAUGCUUUGUUUCACUCAAUUAAUGCAUUUCAUAAAAAAUUUGUUAAAAAAUCAGUUAUGUAACUACUAAAUUUUGAAAUACAUUCUUGUUUUAGUCAUGUUGCAAAUUAUGUUAAAAUUCUUUAGAACAAGAAGAUUAUAAUAUUUGUUAACAAUAAAUAAUCAAAACAAACGAAAUAAUGAUAAGAAGAAACUAUUUGUUUAUAUUACAAUUAAUAAUGUCUAAGCGCAUGUCAAUAUCAAAUUACUAAUUACUAUUAUAAAUGUUCACAACUGUUAAAGCUGUUUAAACAAUAGGUAGACCAAAACUAUUACUGCACUGAUAAAUUUUCCGAAUCCAUAGUGAAUAUUAGUAGAAACUAAGAUGAUCGACACUCAGGAGAACCAAUGGGACAUUACCAAAAUGGGCUCUAUAAUUGAAAAUUCGAUCUACGACUACAUAUUGAGCAUCGCCAGUGCAGAGACACGCAGCGAAGGAAUAAUUAUGGUGUCCGAAGACCUUGCGUACCCGAACCUCUCCAAGUACCUCUACCACACCGAGGGCGUCUACGAAGGGAUCAUCGCCGAAAUAUACAAUGUUUAUCCGACGUUGUUCAUGAACAAGCUAAACAUGCGACAGGCGAGCACCACCCACCACGCCCUUCAGCUUCUGGAAGUCAUUGUGAUCGAUCCGACGCUGCAGUGGAUGUUUUUCGAAAGGAACCGUCCAGGUUGUAUCUAUUCGAUUUUAAUGAGGACCCCGAAAAUGGAGUACGAGUAUGUGUUGCGACAGGACUGUCUUAAAAUACUGGAGGCGUUGAUCACCUACCCUGGGAUUUGUUUUAGAGAACGUGUGGCGAAGUUCUUCAUUGACACGUGCUAUUUAACUGUGUGCAUAAUCCUCCUGAAGUCCAAGACCGUAGGGGAAAUUCGAACUGGAAUGAACACGUUGAAGAUGUUCUUGUCUACCAGUGUGGGGUUGGAGCAUAUUUGUGAAACGACAAUCACCAUUCCAUGGAUGCUAAAUGCGUUAAAACAGUCCGUUGCAACGUUAGUAACUAAACCAGAUGGAGGUAUUGUUGCUUCAGUAAUUCAGUGCUAUAUAAAAUUAUCGGAAGAUGAAAGAUCCAGAUCGUAUUUAUCUACAAAUAUACCUGAAGCAAUUUGGAAUCAGACAUUUAAUGAUGUACUGGACGAUUCUGUUAUUCUCUUAAAGCAAUAUUUGCUAGAGAAUUUGGAAUAAUAACUUAUUCUUCAGUUAUUAAAUGUACCGAAAUUUAAUUUAUUUGAUGGAUAUUUUAUUUAUGUAUAUGGGAUAAAACUAUCACAAUCGAAGACUUUCU